UGCCCAAAUUCUAGGUAAGAGGAAUGAAUACCCUCUUCCAAGACAAUCCAUGCUCCCUUUGGCUACAGAAGACGACAGUAUAGACGUACCAGCCUAUGAUGAUGAUCAGGCCUCAGAACCCCUCUGGCCAACGGAAGUGAGCUGUGAAAUGAACAUUGAAGCAUGGCAAUCUGCCCUCCUCAACGCCGGACUUUUACCAGAAUUCGAAGAUGUCAUAUCUGGUUUCAAUAAUGGAUUCCCACAAGGUAUCCCCUCCCACUUGAUGGGAGAAGGAGUGCCUUACUUCACCCCCCCUAACCAUGCCUCAGCCUGGGAGGUCAAAGAUAAGUUUGAAGAAAGACUCCAAAAAGAGUUAGCGGCCGGGCGGAUGUUUGGCCCCUUCACCCACGACCAAGUCCAAAGGCAGAUCCCAACGGCAAUGGACCAAUGGCCAUUUCUACUCGUUAAAAACUUUGAAGACAUGCUGCUACUAGACACAAGGAUUACGUUUGGUGGCGUCUCUGGUUGCGGCUCCUUCGGACUCCCAGCUGACGCAUGGAAAGCAAUAAUGCUCCACGAAUUUGACUUGAUCUCCAUUUUCCGCUGGGUUGACAACAACCUUUUCGUCAAGAACAUCGACUCACAAACAGAAAUGGAAGACAUAGUAUCCCGUUCCAAUGAAUUAGGAGUCAAGAAAAACGAUGAAAAGUUUUCUCCAUUUGCCACAGAACAGAAACACAUUGGUUUCGUCUGGAACGGUGUAGACAAGACGGUUAGGCUCCCAGAUGGUAAACUGUUUGAUCGAGUCAACCAACUUAAAACUUUCGCAAAGCUAGAACGCUUCUCCUAUCACAAUGUAGAACUGAUGACUGGGAGGCUCAACCACGUAUCUUACAUCCUCCCUCAACUUUGA